CACAAAUGGAUUCGCCGCACAAUCAGUUCAACGUGGACAUGCGGCACAAGCGGUCCGUAGCUGUCGUGCACGGUAUAGUGUUUCCGGUUGUUAGUGGUUGGUAGUGGUAAUAAUAGUGUAGAAAAAUGAUAUGCAUCCAACACUAAUGCUCGAUUAAGUCGUUUGAAGCUCGUUGAACGAGAACAGAAAAAUUAAGUCAAACCUAUACCAGCAGCAGUGAUACGGAAAGUGACGCAACUUGAUCGUCAUAACAUUUGUGAUGCAUGAGCACAAAAGCUCACCUCCUAAAUCCUCCACAAUGGCGUCAACUUCACGCUGGAGUAAGUUUGUAUUGCUGCUGUGGAAGAACUGGAUCAUACAGAAGCGCCACUACAUACAGACGGUGUUCGAAAUUCUCAUACCGGUGCUGUGCUGUGCCAUGUUAAUUGUUGUGCGAGGUUUGGUCGACCCGGACCAGGUACUCAAGCCAACGAUCUUUGAUCGUUUGCAUAUCGGAUCGCUGACUGAUCUUGAAGGUGUUUUUCCACCUGUGACGUUCAGUGUGGCAUAUUCACCACGAAAUGCGAUGCUGGAGAAGCUGCUAGAGGAUGCACUACAAGACGAGAUUAAAACUUUUCGUAAUGUAGCAUUAAUUCCCACGGAAAAUGCACGUGAAUUAGAAAGUCGUCUAAUGCAGAGCAACUACAUAGGUGGUAUCGAGUUCUCGGAUAGCUAUGCAAAUAGAACCGAUUUGCCACAAAAGCUUCGGUUCGCAGUUCGUCUUCCGGGUGAACUGCGCUUCACCGGAUGGACGUUCGGUAAUUGGCGUACUAACUUCAUGGUCGUACCGUUCGUGCAGGGCCUACGGAAUGCAAACCAAUCGGAUGGUGGUAGUCCGAAUUAUUACCGCGAAGGGUUCCUCUCGCUUCAGGCCGCUAUUUCACGAACGUUCAUACGACGGCAGAGUGCCCAAUACGCACUGCCCGAUGUGUCACUGCAGCGAUUUCCUUAUCCACCGUACUAUGAAGAUUUGGUGCUGGUAGCAAUGGAACGUUUACUGCCGAUGAUUAUACUGAUAUCGUUUUUCUACACCUGCAUCAAUACGGUGAAAUUCAUCACCAUCGAGAAGGAAAAGCAGCUAAAGGAAGCGAUGAAGAUCAUGGGCCUGCCGAACUGGUUGCACUGGACGGCUUGGUUCGUACGGUGUGUCAUCUUGCUGCUGAUUACAAUCUCGCUGCUAGUGUUCCUAAUCAGCGCAAAUCUAACAUCAAACACCGAUUUAUCCGUAAUCGAAUACGCCGACUGGACGGUACUGUGGUUCUUCUUCUUCACGUACAUUUUGGUAACGAUAUGCUUCUGUUUCAUGAUGAGUGUCUUCUUCGACAAAGCGAACACUGCCGCUGGAAUUGCUGGACUAAUGUGGUUCCUGUUCGCUAUACCGUUCAACAUUGCCGUGCAGAACUACGACGAGAUGGCGAUGGGGACGAAGAUAGUUUCCAGCCUGCUCUCCAACACGGCCAUGUCGUUCGGCAUUAUGAACAUGAUACGGCUGGAAGCAAAUCAGGUCGGUUUGCAGUGGAGUAACCUCUUCUCCUCACCCUCGAUGGGUGACGAAUUCAGUGUCGGGCUGGUGAUGGUAAUGUUUGUGGUGGAUGCACUGCUCUACCUGGCCAUUGCUCUGUACGUCGAGCAGGUAAUGCCCGGUGAGUUCGGUGUUGCCAAACCGUGGUAUUUCCUUUUCACGCGUGAUUUCUGGAAGCGGAAUCGGAUCGAGGAUGGGCCCGGUGAACGGCAAAAGAUGGAAAGCUCGGUAUACUUCGAGCAAGAACCGAACAUCGAACGUGCCGGCGUACGGAUAGUGAAUUUGCGCAAGGUGUACGGGAAGAAGGUGGCCGUGGAGGGACUAAAUCUGAACAUGUUCGAUGGACAGAUAACUGUCCUGCUCGGCCAUAAUGGUGCCGGUAAAACGACAACAAUGUCCAUGCUGACGGGAAUGUUUUCACCCACCUCCGGUACGGCACUGGUUAAUGGAUACGAUAUAAGGAAGGAUAUCGAAGGUGUGCGCUUCUCGUUGGGUCUCUGUCCCCAGCACAAUGUACUGUUUAACGAGUUGACUGUAGCGGAACACUUGAAGUUCUUCUCGCAGCUGAAGGGCGUACCGGGUGAUAAGACGGCGAAUGAGAUAGAGAAGUAUGUCACCCUGCUCGAACUGACCGACAAACGGAACGCCCAGUCACACACACUGUCCGGUGGCAUGAAACGUAAGCUAGGCGUCGGGAUUGCACUGUGCGGUGGAUCACGGGUGGUUCUGCUCGAUGAACCUACCUCCGGUAUGGAUCCGUCUGCCCGGCGUGCCCUGUGGGAUCUGAUCCAGAAGGAAAAGGUUGACCGUACGGUUAUCCUUUCCACACACUUCAUGGACGAAGCGGAUGUACUGGGCGAUCGGAUAGCGAUAAUGGCGGAGGGCAAGCUGCGUGCAAUCGGGUCACCGUUUUUCCUGAAGAAAAGUUUGGGUGCCGGUUAUCGGUUGAUCUGUGUGAAGGCAUCGAACUGUGAUAAGCAACGGGUGGUGGCUAUACUGCGGAAGUACAUCCCGGAUGUGCGUAUCGAAACGGACAUCGGGACCGAGCUGUCGUUUGUGUUACGGGAGGGAUAUUUGAAGGUGUUUCAGCCGAUGCUGGAAGAGUUGGAGGACAACAUGGGUAGCUGCGGUAUAUCGAGCUACGGGAUAUCGCUUACCACAAUGGAGGAAGUGUUUUUACGCGCCGGAAGUGAUUCGCACAACACGGACCAUUCAAUGACAGCGACCAAUGACCAUGGAUCUGUAGAUAUGAGUGAAAGCAGCGAUAUAUAUUCACUCGAAGGACUUACUCUCCUGGACGGUUCGAAGCGGUUAUUCCAACAAAUUUAUGCGCAAUUUUACAAAAAGUUCCUCACAACUAUUCGCAGCUGGAUAACCCUUUCACUGCAGAUGCUAAUUCCAGUAUUGUUUGUGUUGCUGUCCUAUCUAAUUUACCUUAACUCUUCAGCUGGGCGAGAUCUUCCCGAGUUGAAGUUAAACUUCGAUGGAUACACUGCGUCCUUGACGGUGCUGGAAACAACCGACGGUCAAGAAGCCGUUACUGCAGCUUUUCGCGAACGGUUCCGACAGGAGCCACAGGUACAUCAGCUAGUUGUGAUCGAAGAAGAUAUGACUACCUAUAUACUGAACAAGGCAGCGCAGGAUAUCGCAGCAUUUAAUACCCGUUAUUGGGUAGGAGCUUCCCUGAACAGCUCCAUCUGUACGGCGUGGUUUAACAACAAAGCGUACCACAGUGCACCGCUGGCAGUCAAUCUGAUCUAUAAUGCGAUUCUACAAUCGCUCUGUCCGGACUGUGAGUUGCAGAUUAGCAAUAAACCCUUGCCAUUCCGAUUGGACACACAGCUACAGCGCUUGGAAACAGGAGCGAAUGCAGGCUUUCAGUUAGCAUUUAACACCGGUUUCGCAAUGGCAUUCGUGUCGGCACUGUUCAUCCUGUUCUACAUCAAGGAACGUACAACACGCGCCAAACUAUUGCAGUUUGUAAGUGGCGUUAAUGUCACGUUCUUCUGGACGAUCUCUUAUCUGUGGGAUUAUAUGGUGUUUGUAUUGUCAGCGAUAUUCUACAUCGUAACGCUUGCCAUCAUACAGCAGGACGGUUGGAGUACGUUCGAUCAGCUGGGCAGAGCAUUUUUGGUGUUACUGUUUUACGCCUUCUCAAGCUUGCCGGUAACAUAUCUGUUCGCGUACAUGUUCCACGUGCCCGCUACCGGGUUCGUAAAGAUGAUGCUGCUAAACGUGCUAUCCGGUACGAUCUUCUUUACCGCCGUUUCACUGUUGCGCUUCGAUGGCAUCGAUUUACAGAAUGUGGCGGACGUGCUCGAGUGGAUCUUUUUAUUCUUCCCGAGCUUCUCGCUGACGCAGAGUAUGAACGCACUAAAUAUGGUCGGUGGUCGGGAAGCACUGUGUCAGCGAGCAUGCGAACAGAUAACGAUCUGCACGGAGGAACUGAAAUGUUUGCUAGUGCCGCAGUGUUGUGGUACGAGUGCGUUUACCUUCGAUCAGCAGACGGGCAUCAAUCGAAACUUGCUGUUCUUCACCGGUAUUGGAUUGGUAUCGUUUGCGAUCAUACUGCUCGUGGACUAUCGUGUGAUGAAGAAGAUUUUCUCCCGCAAAGCCAACAAUGUCGACAUGGCUAACGAUCAGGAAGACACUGACUCGGAUGUGCUGGAGGAGAAACGCCGGAUAGCUGCUUGUAGCGAUGGAGAGCUAGCAUCGUACAAUCUGGUGUUGAAAGAGCUUUCCAAAAGCUACGGUAAAUUUGCGGCAGUGAACAAAUUAUCCGUUGGUGUGCGGCAUUCGGAAUGUUUCGGACUGCUUGGUAUCAAUGGGGCAGGGAAAACGUCCACCUUCAAGAUGAUGACCGGUGAUGAGAACAUAACGGCCGGUGAUGCCUGGGUGAAUGGGAUCAAUUUGCGUACGGAUAUGAAUCGUGUGCACAAGCACAUCGGCUACUGUCCACAGUUUGACGCACUGUUGGAAGAUCUGACCGGUCGCGAAACACUGCACAUCUUCGCCCUGAUGCGUGGCGUUCGCCGAAGAGAGAUUAAUGGUGUGUCACUUACGCUGGCGGAAGAGUUGAACUUUACGAAGCAUCUCGACAAGCGGACGAAAGCGUACAGUGGAGGUAACAAGCGCAAGCUCAGCACGGCAUUGGCACUGAUUGGCAACCCGUCGGUGGUGUACUUGGACGAACCGACUACGGGCAUGGAUCCGGGAGCUAAACGACAGUUUUGGAACGUGAUUUGCAAGAUUCGCAAUUCGGGCAAAUCGAUCGUACUGACGUCACACAGUAUGGAAGAAUGUGAGGCACUAUGCACCAGGUUAGCCAUCAUGGUGAAUGGCGAGUUUAAGUGUCUCGGUUCGACGCAACAUUUGAAGAACAAAUUCUCGGAAGGAUUUCUGCUCACGGUCAAGACAAAACGCAGUCAGCCGGAUGCCGCCGAGAAGGUUAAAUCGUUCGUAACUAGUCAAUUUACGGGAGCUGUGUUAAAGGAAGAGUACCAGGACUCGCUAACGUUUCACAUCGCACGCAGCAACCAACGGUGGUCGACCAUGUUUGGUCUGAUGGAAACAUCAAAGGAUCGGCUCGGUAUUGAGGAUUAUGCUCUCGGGCAAACAACGCUCGAGCAGGUGUUCCUGUUUUUCACCAAAUAUCAAAGAAUCGUAGACUAAUGGCGUAGAGCCUGAGUGGGGAAGGGGUAGGGUUAUCGCUUGUGGCACGUCAAUUAGGCAAUCAAUUGACAUGCAUUUUACGUGCAACCAAAUUGUGAUCAAACAACGUAUUAAUUGUUACCAGUGAUGGGUGUUGGUUUUAAGUAAUGUUUCCAAAACAAGAAAGAGAUUUAUGCAAUUCGACUGUUUUGUGCAGAAAAAUAAACAGACGCAUAUUGUCGUUAAACGA